GCUGUGGUGGUGUGACAACGGCAGGCAGUGCAGCCCUCAGCUCCUCUCAGAGCACAGCUUGGUGCUUCAGGUUCCAGUGACUGCUGCUGUCACUGUAGGGGAGGCUAGCCCCUCCCAGAAGGAGACACACAGAAGAAUGGCCACCUCAGCUGGUUUGUUCCUGCUGCUGGGGCUCCUCGGCCAGCUCUGGGCAGGGGCUGCUGCUGAUUCAGAGGCUGUGGUGUGCGAGGGGACUGCCUGUUAUACAGCCCACUGGGGCAAGCUGAGUGCGGCCGAAGCCCAGCAUCGCUGCAAUGAGAAUGGAGGCAAUCUUGCUACCGUGAAGAGCGAGGAGGAGGCCCGGCAUGUCCAGCAAGCUCUGGCUCAGCUUCUGAAGACCAAGGCACCCUUGGAAGCGAAGAUGGGCAAAUUCUGGAUCGGGCUCCAGCGAGAGAAGGGCAAGUGUACGUACCAUGAUUUGCCAAUGAAAGGCUUCAGCUGGGUGGGUGGUGGAGAGGACACAGCUUACUCAAACUGGUACAAAGCGACCAAGAGCUCCUGUAUCUCUAAACGCUGCGUGUCCCUGAUACUGGACCUAUCCUUGACACCUCACCCCAGCCAUCUGCCCAAGUGGCAUGAGAGCCCCUGUGGGACCCCGGACGCUCCAGGUAACAGUAUUGAAGGUUACCUGUGCAAGUUCAACUUCAAAGGCAUGUGCAGUCCACUGGCUCUGGGUGGUCCCGGGCGGGUGACCUAUACCACCCCUUUCCAGGCCACCACCUCCUCUCUGGAGGCUGUGCCUUUUGCCUCUGUAGCCAAUGUAGCUUGUGGGGAUGAAGCUAAGAAUCAGACCCAUUAUUUCCUAUGCAAUGAAAAGACUCCAGGAAUAUUCCACUGGGGCAGCUCAGGCCCUCUCUGUGUCAGCCCCAAGUUUGGUUGCACUUUCAACAAUGGGGGCUGCCAGCAGGAUUGCUUCGAAGGUGGGGAUGGCUCCUUCCGUUGUGGCUGCCGGCCUGGAUUCCGGCUGCUGGAUGACCUAGUAACUUGUGCCUCCCGGAACCCCUGCAGCUCAAACCCAUGCACGGGAGGUGGCAUGUGUCAUUCUAUACCACUCAGCGAAAACUACACAUGCCAUUGUCCCAGAGGCUACCAGCUGGACUCUAGCCAAGUGCACUGUGUGGAUAUAGACGAGUGCCAGGACUCCCCCUGUGCCCAGGAAUGCAUCAACACUCCAGGGGGCUUCCAUUGUGAAUGUUGGGUGGGUUACCAAUCCAGUGGUCCCAGGGAGGAAGCCUGUGAAGAUGUGGAUGAGUGUGCCGCUGCCUACCCACCCUGUGCCCAGGGCUGCACCAACACUGAUGGCUCUUUCUACUGCUCCUGUAAAGAGGGCUAUAUCGUGUCUGGGGAAGACAGUACCCAGUGUGAGGAUAUAGAUGAGUGUUUGGACGCAAGGGGCAGUCCAUGUGAUACCCUGUGCUUCAACACAGAUGGUUCCUUCAGGUGUGGCUGCUCAUCAGGCUGGGAGCUGGCUCCCGAUGGGGUCUCGUGUACCAGGGGCACUGUGUUCUCAGAACUACCAGCCAGGCCUCCCCAAAAGGAAGACAAAGGCGACACAAAGGAGAGCACUGUGCCUCCUACUGAAAUGCCCAGUUCUCCCAGUGGCUCUAAGGAUGUCUCCAACAGAGCACAGACGACAGGUCUCUCCAUCCAAUCGGAUAUUUCCACUGCCUCUGUUCCACUAGAAAUAGCAGUCCCUAGUGAAGUAUCUGAUGUCUGGUUGGAGAUGGGCACAUACCUCCCCACCACCUCUGACCACAGCAAACCGACACCUGAAGAUUCUGUCUCCGCACACAGUGACAGUGACACCGAUGGGCAGAAGCUGCUUCUGUUUUACCUCCUGGGAACCGUGGUGGCCAUCUCACUCUUGCUGGCUCUGGCCUUAGGGCUGCUCUUUUAUCGUAAACGGAGAGCCAAGAAGGAGGAGAUCAAAGAGAAGAAGCCCCAGAAUGCAGCUGACAGCUAUUCCUGGGUUCCAGAGAGAGCAGAGAGCCGAGCCCCGGAGAAUCAGUACAGCCCAACACCUGGGACAGACUGCUGAGGACAAUGUGACCUUAGAAAAAUAGCCAGCUGCCAUUGCCUUCAGAGCUACCUUCUUAGAUGAGGGGGAAGCCACACCAUUGUGAAAGACUGGAUUGGACUUGCAGCUAAAAUUGUGCAUCUUCCCCUUAAGAACCUGGUGACUUGGGAUGGGCAGCUAUUUUCCUGGUGCCUUUGGUAUGCCUGGGGGGGGGGGGGGUGAAAGCUGUGUGUUGGUUUGUCAUUGUGGGGAGUUUUGUGGAUAUUGACAGGCCUCACUCUCACUCACACACCCCUUUCAAAUCCAAAAGCUACUGGUUCACCUGGUUGCUAAUCAGGUAGGUCAAAAGGAGUCAGAGGGGUGGGACGGGUGUGGGGAGGGGACUUCACAGUCUUUUCUUAUCUCUUUAUUUAUCAGAGAAGGAGCUACUGGUGCUAAUUACAAAAGAAACAAUUCCUUUCCUUCACAGGAUAAAAAGCAAAACCAAUUAACUAACUUAACUAGGUGAGCAUGCUCUACCCUUCCUAUAGGGACUUUUUCCAGGAUGGCUGCCUUUGUAUACAUUUGCCUUCUGGCAUUUCCCCUCCAUCCCCUGUAUUGUUGAAACUGUCAGAAUGAGAGGAAGUUUAACCAACUGUUUAGGGAGCGAGCAGAUAGGAAGUUUAGACUUUGUAUCCCCUCACUUUCUGAACUUUCUGAUAGCCUUGGGUGUGUGGGCAAGUAAAGUUGCAAGCUGGAAGGUUGCUUCAAGCAAGUCUUGGUAAAAGCGUAGUCCAGAGGGAGGCAGGCAGGGAUUGAUUUAACAGAUAUUUGAAUGGAAAUAUCCAAAUGAACUGAUGCUAACGCACACUUGACUAUUGAGGAACAAUGACAAAACCCCAAGAUCAAUUUGUCACAGGCCCCAAGUCCACUGCAGAGCAUCCUGUCUCCCUUUACACCAUCCCUAACUGGGAAGCUGGGACCGUCCGCCCAGAAAGCCUCAGGAUGCUUUCAUCUGGGUGUAAGGAAAGGAGACAUGAACCAGGGGAUGGGCUCUGUUGUAAAUACUCCCAUUUAAAUGUAGCUUAGCCCACUUCACAGCUAAAAGUACAUCUGGAGGACUUGUGCCCUAUUUUGUGGACAUGACACAUACUGAAUCAAGGAUUAGUCAUGAAGAAGAAGGUUCUCUCUCUCUCUCUCUCUCUCU